AUGGAAGAGAUUCUGCAGCACCCAACGAUACAGCAAUGGAUCAACAAAAGCGAUGUAGUGCCUUUAGUGAUAGCAGGCGAUUUCAAUUCACCUUCUCACAUCGAUUGGAUCAAUGAAACCAAAGAUGACCACGGAGGUUGGACUGUGGAGUGGCCGGCAACAAAAAUUGCGGAAGACAUGGGUUUGAUUGACUCCUUUCGCACUUUGCAUCCCAAUGUUACCGAAAUGCCAGGGCAUACUUGGUCAACUGUAAAUAAAUUCAUGUCUGAUUGGGAAUUCCAAAUACCAGAGCCACAGGAUCGAAUAGAUUUUAUACUUUUUAAAGGCAGCAUCUUUCCUAUGGAGUCAUUUCUUUACUCCGGAGCUGAUACAAUGAAACCAAUGCCGAAUCAUGUGCAAAAUGAUUACCCUUCAGACCACUACGCUCUUAUAACUGAUUUUGAAUUUACUUAUGCAGAGACAUGUGCGCCAUGUUCGUGA